GACGCUCCUUCAACAACAACAGCUAGUCAGACACCUCCGUAGCUUUCUAGCAAACAUAGCUACAACAUUCAUGAUCUUUACACUUUGUUGGUGUAUAUUAGUCGUUGUGUUUUAAACAGACUUCUGUCAUGUGUACUUGUUGGCCCAUUUAAUUAUAUAUUUACGUUGUUUGUCAGCUAGCUGGUUUGCUAAGUUAACUUAGAACUAGGCUAGUCGCUAAUGCUAGCUAGCUAACAUCCUCGAACAUGAGUUCACUAAGCUACUCUCCUGUUAAAGAGGAGGUCUGCUGGACGGAGAAAGAAGCUCUCGUGAAAGAGGAGGAGGAAGAGAAGGCUGUUACAAUACAAAAACAAGUAGAGGGUGAGGCUGUUACCGUGAAAGAAGAAGAGAAAGACGUUUCAGUGAAAGAAGAGGAAGACGCGUUCAGAGUGAAAGAGGAGGAGGAGGAUGUUACAGUAAAAGAAGAGGAGGAAGCCGUUUUGGGAGUGAAAGAGGGGGAGAUGACUGUCAAAUUGGAAGAAGAAGAGGAGGUUGGAGAUCUGUUUAACACCAGAGAGAGAUGUGACUGUCGUGGAUUCUCUUGGGAGCCUCAACUACAUCGUGAUGCUAACGAGGCAGAGAAGAUUCUUUCCAGAUCAGAACACCUCAAGAAACCCCAGCAGAGACCCACAGGGAAGAAGCCUCACUGCUGCUCUGACUGUGGGAAACAUUGCAAAUGUUCAUCAGAACUAAAAAUACACCAGCGAGUACACACAGGAGAGAAGCCUUAUAGCUGUGAUCAAUGUGGGAAGAGUUUUACUACGUCUUCCAAUCUGACUAAACACCAGAGAAGACACACAAAAGAGAAGCCUUAUAGCUGUACUCAAUGUGGGAAGAGUUUUGUUACAUCUAGCUAUCUGACUUUACACCAGAGAACACACACAGGAGAGAAAUCUUAUAGCUGUGAUCAAUGUGGGAAGAGUUAUGUUACAUCUAGCUCCCUGAAGGUACACCAGAGAACUCACACAGGAGAGAAACCAUUUAGCUGUACUCAAUGUGGGAAGACUUUUACUACAUCAAGCUCUCUGAAGGCACACCAGAGGACACACACUGGAGAGAAACUUUAUAGCUGUAAUCAAUGUGGGAAAAGUUUUACUCGGUCAAGCUCCCUGAUCAUGCACCAGAGAACACACACAGGAGAGAAACCAUAUAGCUGUAAUCAAUGUGGGAAGAGUUUUACUCAGCCAAAUGGACUGAUAUUACACAAGCGGACACACACAGGAGAGAAACCGUGUAGUUGUACUCAGUGUGGGAAGAGUUUUAUUCAGGCAAGCUGCCUGAAAGUACACCUGAGAACACACACAGGAGAGAAACCUUACCACUGCUCUGACUGCGGAAAAAGUUUUAUUAGCUUAAGUGAUUUAAAAUCACACCAGAGAACACACACAGGAGAGAAACCACCAUAUAGCUGUACUCAAUGUGGGAAGAGUUUUAUUCAGUCAAGCUCCCUGAUAGUGCACCAGAGAAUACACACAGGAGAGAAACCUUAUACCUGUACUAAAUGUGAGAAGAGUUUUACUCAGGCAAGCUGCCUGAAAGUACACCUGAGAACACACACAGGAGAGAAACCUUACCACUGCUCUGACUGCGGAAAGAGUUUUGUUAGAUCAAGUGAUUUAAAAUCACACCAGAGAACACACACAGGAGAGAAACCACCAUAUAGCUGUACUCAAUGUGAAAAGAGUUUUAAUCAGUCAUGCUCCCUGAUAUCACACCAGAGAACACACACAGGAGAGAAACCUUAUAGCUGUACUCAAUGUGGGAAGAGUUUUACUCAGUCAAGCGGCCUGAUAGCACACCAGAGAACACACACAGGAGAGAAAUCUCAUAGCUGUCAUCAAUGUGACAAGAGAUACUCUGUUAAAAGAUCUCUGAUCAAACAUCAGAAAAUACAUACAUGAAGGAGUUGUUUUAAUAAUCUCACAGUGUAGAAUGUUUUAACAUUGAAGUAUGAGUAUUUUAAUAAUGUCACAAUGUAGAACCCUAAACGUUUGCCCCAUGUUCUAUUGAUUUCAGCAUGAUAUGGAUAUUAGCCUCGUGGAAAAAUACAAGCUCUGAAUUGAAAGAGUACUAUUUAUGUGAUUUAACAAAAAGUGACUAACAAAAAAAGAGUUGUGUUGCACUUCCCACAUUGGCGACCCACUUGAAUCAAAAUGCAACACUUCAAAAUGUAGCGAGCUGUUUUCUACAAAUUGUCCUCUAACCAGUGAUGUACACAUUAUUUCCAGAUUCUGUUUGGUUUUUGAGCUGUUAGUUUUAACAGGACAUGCAAGCUCAUCUCCCUCCUCUUGCACAAUUGAUUUCAACAUGAUAUCGAUUUGGUGAUGACAAAUAAGUGUUGCGUUCCUUUAUUUAGCGACCCCUAAAUUUAAAUGCAUCACUCCAAAUUGUAGCUGACUCUCUUCUGCAGGUUGUCCUCUAACUAGUGAGAUAAAAGAUAUCUCCCAUUUCCAUAUGUUUCUUUAGUUGUUUUAGUUUCAACAGAACAAACAACCUGAUUUCCACCCUAAUCGAUAUCAGUAGUUUAUUGCUACUUGUCAAAACAACAGCGUUUUUGGUGCUUGUGUCCAUGGUGAGGACAACUUGGUUUCUGAUUGUCUCAAGGUGGGCAGUCAAAAAGGUUUGUGUUUUGCGUUUAGCCAGUGAGUUGCCAUGGAUCUUAUUCUGACUGCAUGUUUUUCCUUAUUGGAGAUGAGUUUGAUUGGGCUCGUUCCAAGUGGUUGUGAGUUCAAGAACAAGUGAGCAAUAGGAAGAAGACAGUCAGAAGCUAGUGGGGAGAAGAAAAAAAUGUAUAUUUAAAACAAAAUUGUUGACAGCCAGUAGACACCAUGUUUAUAUUGGUGAAGCAUUGUAGUUGAUUAUAAAGUGAAAUGGAAGUUGUUUUCUGUUGGUGGUAAGCAUUCUCUUACAGUGUUACAAAUGUUUGGUUUUUUAUGUUUUGAGGUUGGACUUUAGCACGU